CAGCCUUGAAACUGCGAAGCUGCUCCGAGCAGCACUCAACCGUCACUAAAACCAUGACCGCCAGAGCUCUUUGCUACUCCUUCUCUCCCAAACCAAACGUGCCGCCCGAUAUCUCUAUCCUCAAGAGAAGUCUAGGCUCCGGUUUCAGACCCGUAAGCCCGGUUCGGUUCCGGGUACGGGUCCAGAACCGGGGGCAGUACUGCUGCGUCGUGCGAGUUUCGCGGGGCGGUGAGAGGAGAGGCGGGAAAGUGUUUGCGGAUGUUAAAUCGGAGCCGUAUGAGUUAUCGAAGACGGUGAAGGAGGAGUUGGAGUCUGUGGCUGAUGAGGUUUCGUGGUUGGAGCAGUUUCCGAAACGAUGGAUUAUUGUCAUUUUGUGCUUCUCGGCUUUUCUUCUUUGCAAUAUGGACAGAGUAAAUAUGAGCAUUGCUAUACUUCCCAUGUCAGCAGAGUACAACUGGAACUCAGCAACUGUGGGUUUGAUACAGUCUUCUUUUUUCUGGGGCUACCUCCUCACUCAGAUUGCUGGUGGCAUUUUGGCAGACACAGUAGGUGGGAAGCAGGUUUUGGCCUUUGGAGUUAUUUGGUGGUCUAUUGCUACUGCUCUGACUCCUAUUGCUGCGAAACUUGGAUUACCUUUCCUACUUGUGGUUCGCGCUUUCAUGGGGAUUGGUGAGGGCGUGGCUAUGCCUGCAAUGAAUAAUAUUCUGUCAAAAUGGAUUCCAGUAUCAGAAAGAAGUAGAGCAUUGGCUCUGGUUUACAGUGGGAUGUACAUUGGAUCAGUCACUGGCUUUGCAUUUUCACCAUUUUUAAUACAUCAAUUUGGAUGGCCAUCAGUCUUUUACUCCUUUGGUUCUCUGGGGACAGUCUGGUUUGCUGUUUGGCUAAGUAAGGCAUACAGUUCACCUGCUGAGGAUCCUGAGCUGAGACCUGAAGAGAAGAAGCUAAUUCUUGCCGGUAAUGCUUCCAAGGAACCUGUAAAAGUGAUUCCUUGGGGACAAAUUUUGUCCAAAGCACCUGUUUGGGCCCUUAUCGUUUCUCACUUUUGUCACAACUGGGGAACAUUUAUUCUUCUUACAUGGAUGCCAACAUACUAUAACCAAGUGCUGAAGUUCAAUCUUACAGAAUCGGGGCUUUUCUGCGUCUUGCCCUGGCUUACAAUGGCAUUCUCUGCAAACCUUGGGGGGUGGAUAGCAGACACACUUGUGAGUAGGGGUGUAUCGGUGACAAGGGUUCGUAAGAUUAUGCAGACAAUUGGGUUUCUUGGCCCUGCUUUCUUCCUUACUCAGUUGAGCCAUGUCAAUUCUCCUGCAAUGGCUGUUCUAUGUAUGGCAUGCAGUCAGGGAACUGAUGCCUUCUCACAAUCUGGUCUAUAUUCAAACCAUCAAGAUAUUGCUCCACGAUAUUCUGGAAUAUUGCUUGGUAUGUCCAAUACUGCUGGAGUACUAGCAGGUGUCUUAGGAACGGCAUCAACUGGUUACAUUUUGCAACAUGGUUCUUGGGAUGAUGUAUUCAAGGUUUCAGUAGGCCUUUAUCUGGUUGGAACUGUUGUCUGGAAUGUUUUCUCAACCGGCGAGAAGAUCAUUGAUUAGUUCAUGGAUAACUUGAUCCUAAACAAACACCUGGCACUUCAAUCCUAAACUUAUGUAGAAGAGUUACUCUGGAGGAGAGAAGCAGAAAAAUGCCAAGAAAUUCAAUUGGGAAGGAAAGCGUUAUCUGUUUAUUGAUAUUCUUGGUCUUUAAAAAAAAAUUGUUAGAAGAUUUUGACAAGAAGCAUGGAGCCCGCAAUUGGAAAGGUGAAGUUCUAGCUAGAGGCUUGCUGCUGCUUUUGAAGUAUUCAUAAGUUGGUUGCAUUUCAACCAUAUAAAUCAAGGAUGAAUACAUAGCAAAAUGACCCCAACACAGCCUGUAAAUGUUAUAUUGAAUACUCGCUAACACUUCAAAUUUGUGAUACUAGCUAUAUGUCCAAGUAAUUCUCAUUAAUACUACUUUUUGACUGCUAAUGCCUAA